AUGCUUCAGGCCCACGAGCUCCCUUUUCGAUCCUUGCUGCCAAAGCGUCGGCAGCAGCAACUGCUGCCGUUCCUCUCUCAUCGUUUGAGCUGCCGAACCCUGCCUUAUCCCCGGCACCGUGCGUUGCAGAUCCGCCCCCGAGCAGGCCCGCUCAAGGCUCUCCGCGGAACGAGCCCGCUUUCUGCCGGAGCUUCCUCCUUCCGCUCUCCGCGCCCCAGAUCCGCUUGUAGGUUCCGCGGAAACGACCCUGAAAAAAACAAAAGUGGAACAAUUGCGUGGUCUCGAGCCUCUGCAGUGAACAAUCUCCGUUCAGGGCAGGGGAGAGGGAUGAUGAAUGGAUUGAUUGAUGGCAUCAUCUGUUUGCUUCGUUCCGUACCUCUCACUUUUGUUUGUUUUCUCGGUGCCUUUCCCGCAGCCACAUGUUGCGUUUGCGUCUAUUGCAAAAGUGAUGUUCUUUUUCCCUAA